AUGGUCCCACUGAAGUCCUACUACGCCCUCCCCUCCCCAGCCUUUUCCAGAAACCAUACUGGGCUCAGAUCAGAGCUCCGAAGCGGUCAAAGUGAGCUGAGCAGGACAGGCCCAGCCUUUCUCCACUGCCACGUCCCUCAUGCACAUCACUCAUCUCCUGCUGCAGGCCAAGGCCAAAAUUGGGCUAGUCCUGGCCAGGGAAAUCAGAAGCUCUUCUUGGGUGAGAUUGAGCCUCCUGUUGCUCCCUGGAGUUCCGGAGGCUGGGCUGCAGCCCACUCAGCUUGCGGGCAAAAUACGUGCUCUCCUCUCUCCUUGUCAGCUGAGCAAACCCAGGGAAUAGCCCUCCUCUCCCCAGGAAACUUCUCUGAAAUCUUAGACUUAGCCAGUCUUAGGCCUACGAUGCCACACAAAGGUUGUUCAGGGAGAAGGGGGUGCAGGAGGCAGAGGGUGCCCCGCAGGGAGCUGGUGGCUCCAGCCCUACUAGAGCUCCUAAAGAUCACACAGCAGCUGCUCCUGACAGGGAUGCUCAUGCCCAGAAAGCAAGCCCAGGAGAGGAAGGCAGAGUGCGACAGAGCAGAGCCAGGGCCAGGCGCACCAGGAGAGGCGUUUCUGGGGCUCCAGGGAAGUGCCACGGGAGGCAGAAGUCCAGAACUGCCCAUAUAGAUGCCCUUCUACGUCCUGGAGCCCAAAUCAGUCAUGUGGGUGGGAAGUUCCCAGGGCAGUGGCCACAUCGUGAGAAUUAGCAGGAAAGGCAGGGCCUUUCUCGUCAUAGCUAUUUCUGAGGAUGAAAUGGGAGACAUAUGCCCAGCACCUGAUGUAAGUUUAUAUAAUGUAAUAUUAUGUACCUACCACUAAGAAAUACAUGAACCGUGCCAUGAGGACAGUAAGUGUUCAUAAAGCAACAUGAAGCAAGAAACAGUGCAGGGUGCCCAGUGCACACACUAGAGAGAAAUUGUGAACAUUAAGGACAAGGAGAAUUGGUGUCUUUCUAAAACAUACUUAUUUAAAAACACAUACCCACUUACUAAUGUGGAAUUACACAGUUUGUAACAAGAAAACAGUCUCUCCCAUUCUCUAGUACUGCUCCCCUACCCAGCAGUCAUUUCCAGUUCAUUCAGCUAUUUUUAAAAUGUGCUUAUAUGACUCUUGCUUGAUAUAUCAAUCUUAGACAUUACCUGUUGACUCCCUGUUGUCAUACAUGAGGCUUUAGCUCUCUUUUGUCAACAACCCUCCCCCAUCCCUAGUUAUUAGGUUAAAAAAUACUCAGAUUACUAUUUCUAUUACUAUGUGAAAGUUAUUAACUGCGGAGCCAAGAGUUGGACUAUAAUUAAAUUACCUUCCUUGUA